AUGCCCAAGCCUGGACUCGAUGAUACUGUUACAUUUGAACACUAUUACAAACAAUUACCAGUGGAUUUUGUUGUUUAUGCAGAUAUUGAAUCAAUUCUACGAAAACCAAGUGAUGAUGAUAAUUCAUUCAAAAGUGAAAAAACAUCAGCUUUCCAAAAACAUGAGGUGUUCAGCAUCGGCUUUUACAGCACAGGAGCUUAUGCUGAUUCGAGAUAUCGUUCUUAUCGUGGACCUGAUUGUGUUGAAUGGUUUGUUAGUGAAAUGGAGAGUAUCGCACACACAGCAAGCGAAGUGUUGUCUAACAAUGAACCAAUGGAAAUGACAAAUGAGGAAGAAGUAUUGUUUAUAUGGGCUGAAGAAUGUCAUAUAUGUGGAAAACCGUUCUUUGAUGAAACAGAUAAAGUUCGUGAUCACUGUCACAAUUCAGGUGCAUUUCGUGGUGCUGCGCAUAAUACAUGCAAUCUGAAUUAUCAAAGAGCUAAAUAUGUCACCGUGGUGUUUCAUAAUUUGUCGAAUUAUGAUUCACAUUUCAUCGUUAAAGCGUUAGCUCAAAAAAUCGCAGGUGACAUAUCUAUUAUACCACGAAAUGAUGAGGUUUAUAUCUCAUUUUCGAAACACGUUGAUGGUACCCGUGAUGCGCGUACCGGAAGAGGUGGUGUAAAACUACGAUUCAUAGACUCUUUCCGUUUUAUGUCGCGAUCUCUCGACUUUCUUUCUUCAAAACUACCAUCAGAACAGAAGCGAAUUCUUAAAUCAGAGUUCUGUAAUAUAAGCAGUACACAACUGAAACUGCUUGAACGAAAAGGUGUUUUCUGCUAUGACUAUUUGGACUCUGUUGACAAGCUUUCCGAAACAGAAUUGCCUGCAAAGGAGAAAUUUUACAGUAAACUCAAUGAGUCUGCCAUUAGCGAUGAAGAAUACGCACACGCUCAAAACGUAUGGAAAACCUUUGAUGUUAAAACGCUAGGAGAAUAUUCGGACCUGUACUUAAAAACAGAUGUGCUUCUUCUCGCUGAUGUAUUUGAAAAUUUCCGAGGAACGUGUCUCCACAAUUUUAAACUAGACCCUGCGCACUAUUUUACCGCCCCCGGAUUAUCAUUUGACGCUAUGUUAAAGUACACAGAAGUGGAAAUUCAAUUGUUGACUAACAUAGAUAUGCUGCUGUUUAUUGAACGAGGUAUUCGCGGUGGCAUUAGUCAAUGCAGCAAACGAUAUGCAACCGCGAAUAACAAAUAUAUGGACGAUUUCGAUCCAUCGCGUGAUACGAAUUAUCUGAUCUAUCUUGAUGCGAAUAAUCUAUACGGUUGGUCUAUGAUGCAGCACCUCCCGAUAAAUGAAUUCGCUUGGUGUCAUAAGCAAUUCGUUGCUUUAGAAAUCAUGAGCAUACCCGAUGAUGCUGAAAUCGGAUACAUUUUUGAAGUGGAUUUAGAAUAUCCUCAGCACUUGCAUGACCUUCAUCAAGACUAUCCAUUUUGCGCUGAAAGUAGAUUAGUACCCAACACAAAGAAUGAUCGAAAAUUAUUAUUGACUCUCUUCGAUAAAAAUCAGUAUGUCAUCCAUUAUAGAAUGCUUAAAUGUGCACUGCGAAACGGGUUGGUGCUCAAGAAAAUACACAAAGUGAUUCAGUUUCAACAGUCUCAAUGGUUGAAACCGUAUAUUGAUUUAAACACAAAAUUAAGGACGGAAGCAAAGAAUGAAUUUGAAAAAGAGUUCUAUAAGCUCAUGAUUAAUGCUAUUUUCGGUAAGACUAUGGAGAAUAUGCGUUGCCGUGCAGAUAUCAAAUUGAGAAGCACGUGGGAAGGUCGUUACGGGCUCAGAUCAUACAUUGCUAUGCCUAAUUUCAAGAAAUACAAAAUUUUUGAUGAAAAUCUGGCUGCUGUGGAAUUAAACAAAACACAUAUCAAAAUGGAGAAGCCAAUCGCCAUCGGCAUGAGCAUUUUAGAUAUAUCCAAAGUCUUAAUGUAUGACUUUUUUUAUGAUUAUUUGAAGCCAAAAUAUGGAAGUAACGUUACUUUAUUGUACACUGAUACGGACUCGUUCAUCUUAGACGUCAAAACUGAAUGUUUCUACAGCGAUAUGUCGAAUGAUAUUGAUAAGUAUGAUACAAGUGAUUAUCCAGAACCAAAUCAAUUCAAUAUUCCUCAGGCGAAUAAAAAAGUUCCAGGUGUAUUCAAAGAUGAAUUAAGGGGAGAAAUUAUGGCCGAAUACGCGGCGCUACGCGCAAAGAU